UGCUGGCCGCUCCUCCCCGUCCCCGCUGGCCGCUCAGAGGCAGCCCGGCGAGCCGCGGAACCAGUCGAGCCCAUGGCCCAGGAGGACGAGGCGGCGGCGGAGGCGGAGAGCGGCGGGCUCCUGCUGGAGAUCCUGAGCUCGCCGCUCAACCUGAGCCUGCUGGGCCUCUGCCUCUUCCUGCUCUACCAGAUCCUGCGCGGCGAGCGGCCCCCGCGCCAGCCCGACGCCGCCGAGCCGCCGCCGCCGCCCAAGCUCAAGCGCCGCGACUUCACCCUGGCGCAGCUGCGGCCCUACGACGGGGUGCAGGACCCGCGCAUCCUCAUGGCCAUCAACGGCAAAGUCUUCGACGUGAGCCGCGCCAGGAAGUUCUACGGGCCCGAGGGCCCAUAUGGAAUUUUUGCUGGAAGGGAUGCAUCCAGAGGUCUUGCCACAUUCUGUCUGGAUAAGGAGGCUCUGAAGGAUGAAUAUGAUGACCUGUCUGAUCUCAACGCUACGCAGCAAGAGACCCUGAGAGACUGGGAAUCACAGUUCACUUUUAAGUAUCACUACGUUGGCAAACUGCUGAAGGAAGGAGAGGAACCCACCGUAUACUCAGAUGAAGAAGAAAAAGAAGAUGCUAAAGAUCAAAAGAGAGACUAGAGAAUGCAGUGAGGAACAAUAUUUUUGUAUCUUAAGGGACCAUUUGUAACAUUCCAGUUCUGUUUUACAAGUUGUAACAUCAACAGUAGUUAGGAAAGGUACAGACUUGCUGUGAAUUGGAUUGCUUUUAAAAACCAUUCUUAAUCUAAAUUUACCAGUAACAUAAACAAGAUUAAAUUUCUUCCAUAAAAACUGCAUGACCUAACAUUCUGUAGGACAAAAAGCACCAGGACAGUGCAAAAGUGAACUGCAACUUUGUACUAAGAAGUUAUUUCUGUUUUUCUUCCAUCAGAGUAGGUUGAAAUCAAAAAAUCUUUUAUUUAAUGGCUAAGGCCCCAAUCCUGCAAACACUGAAGCAUAAGAGUAACUUUACACAUGAGUAG